AUGGUCUCGGCCGAAGAACAGAAGGCGCAGACCAUCAAUGAACUCCAGGCCAACUGGGUCUGGGUUCCCAACUGGAUUGAUUCUUCCGAGGAGAACACAGCUGGAAGAGUUGUGAGGUUCACUCGUACGAUCAACCUGCCUUCCGCUUCGGACCGAGCACUGCUCCACUUCUCCGCGGAUACUAGGUAUAAGCUGUAUAUUAACGGCGUUCGGGCCGCGGUCGGGCCGGCACGAGGCCACAGCACCAUAUGGUAUUACGACACUCUCGACAUCGCGCCUUACUUGAAGGCUGGUGAUAAUGAGAUUGAGUUCGUUGUCAUCAGAUAUUUCGCUGCCUCACGGGCGGCGAUGCCGUUCGUGAGGACUUCAUUACCAGGACUUACAGUCAUUGGCAAUGUUGACGCUGGCGCUUCUAUCGCGAGCCUCAACUCCCGUGAUGGCUGGCUAGCCCAGGUCGACAACAGUAUUCUAUUCCCAACUGGGUUGAUCGACGAUGUAUUUCUUCAUAUCAACGAGCGCAUCACCCCUUGCGAGCCGACCGCAUUCGUCACGCCUGUAUCAUAUGGCUUCAAGACGUUGAACGGAGAACUAGCUCCAUGGAGGUUACGGCCUCGCGUCAUUCCUCUCCCCGAAGAAAGCCACGUCGAUGUCCACACGAUCCGAGCCUGUGAUAGUAGCAGCAGUAGUGGCGAUUGGAGCGCUUUCUUCUCCAAAGCUGUACCAUUGACCCUAGUGAACGGUUCAGUGCAUACUCUUGAUAUACAAGCAGAUGUUCACUCCACCGCUUUCGUCUCCUGGAGGUUUCGCGCACACAAGAAGUCUCAAGUCAAGCUGAAGAUAAUGUACUCGGAAGGCUACGAGCUUGAGCCGCGAGCAUACCCUUUUUUCCGAACCAAAGCCGAUCGUCUACAGACAGAAAAUGGCCACGUAAUCGGCCCGUUUGAUGAAGUUCUGCUUGACCUACCGGCUGGCCAAAUAGUCAAGUACGAGCCAUUCUGGUUUCGGACGUUUCGGGUUAUGCGCGUGCAAGUCACUGCCGGAAACGAACCAAUCGAAAUGUUUUCCUUCAGCGCAAGUCAAACCAACUACCCUAUUCAGCCAAAGGCAAGCUUGAAAACGCCAGGAGAUUCAGAUAUUGAGAAGAUAUGGGAUGUAUCGAUAAGAACAAUGCGGAACUGCAUGUUCGAUGGCUAUUCAGAUUGUCCAUUCUACGAACAGCUUCAGUACUCUGGUGACUCACGAUCUGUUGGUCUGUUCCAUUAUCUCCUAUCCGGCGACGACCGCUUGAUGCGCCAGGCCAUCACAAACUUUGCUGCGUCCAUUACCCCGGAAGGGCUGACUCAGUCCCGUUUCCCAUCACACGUACCACAGAUCAUUGCUGGCUUCUCCCUUUACUGGGUCUUACAAGUCUGCGACCAUCAUCUCUUUUUCGGCGAUACUUCAUACUCGCGUUCAUUCCUUCCCCGCAUAGACGGCGUCUUCGAAUUCUUCGACUCUCACAUCGAUCAAUUGGGUCUUGUCAGCGGGAUACCCGAGGAUGUAUGGCAGUACGUUGACUGGGUCACUACAUGGGGCGCAACGGACGACCACCCAGACAAGGGUGUACCUACUUCUGGUCGAAAAUCCAACCGCCACACCUACUUCAGCAUGCUGUACGCAUACGUGCUGAGACAUGCUGCCAAACUUGUACGCGACGUUGGUAGGCCCGGAUAUGCUGAGGAGUAUGAAGCCCGGGCGACAUCCGUCGUGGCAGCCGUACAGAAACAUUGCUACGAUGGGAGAUUUUUUACCGACUCUACAGCAGAUGUGGCAGACGAACUCUCAUAUUCACAACACUGCCAGGUGUUUGGCGUCUUGUGCGGUGCAGCACCAGCUGGAGAUCGGACGAGACUCCUAACCGAGUCCUUUGCCGACACGCGAUUUUCAAAGUGCUCGUAUGUCAUGAAGUUUUACGCCUUGAGAGCUUUUGCUCUCGCCGGUGACGAUGCUUAUGAUAGCUUCUGGGCAACUGUAUGGGACCCAUGGCGACAGAUGCUGAAGAACAACCUUUCCACGUGGGAAGAGGACGAUGUUCGGCAGCGCUCAGAUUGCCAUGCUUGGGGCAGUGUGCCGAUCUAUGAAUACUGCACUGAGUUACUGGGAUUGCGCCCAGUCGCGCCUGGGUGGUCAAAGGUUCUCUUCAAGCCACGUCUGCAAUUGAUCGACGAGAUUGAAGCCAAGGUAGCCAUUGGCAAGGACAAUGUCGCCACCGUCGAAUGGUGCACUAGUUCUGAUGGCAGGAAACAAGUCGUAGUAAAGUUUGAGAAACCUGUUGAUGUUGUAAGCCAGAUUGCCGGAGGAGGCGAAGAGGAACGCGGCUGUGUAGAUUGCAUAGAAUUGCGGGUUUGA